UAUUAUAGUUAAUGAUGUUCUGAGAAUGAGUGUUUUUAUAUAAAGGGGUGGCAAUUAUUGAGGAGUGAGUUUUUCGAUUAAUUUAAAUAAUGUUUGGUCGGUAGCAAUUGAGAUCGUAUUUAUAUUGUGUAAUCCCAGGUAUCCCACUGAGUCGGCGGAGUUCUUGGAGUGCAAGGCGAAUAACCGGAUGUAUGCAUAGGUGUUGGCUACAACGAGAGAGUCGAAGGAGUCGGCGUUGUUAUCAAAAUUGGUCACGUUGAGAGAAUAGUAUAUGGAAAUGUAUAUAUGACCGAAUAGAAUUUCAACGAUAGGCAGUCCUCGUGCAACAGUGAAGACAUCGAGAGGGAUGUCAGACCAUGUAGGUGCUACUAUAUCUCCACGUUCUUUUGGGAGGAGAUUGGACGAGAAAUUGCCGAUGAAGGAAUUGGGGGAGAUAGCGAAUUACUUUAAUACAUUGAGAGCUGAACAAGCCAAAACGUUGUCGAGAAAUUAUGUGAAUGAGAUGGUGCGUUUGUAGCAGUGUAUUGAGAAGAAGUUGAAAAGAUGA